AUGGCCAACGAGGGCGAACGGCCAACCUCCGCCGACAAGGGCAAGGGCAAGGUUGAUGAUAUCCGCGAGUCCAAUGACAAGAACGCCGAGAAGGGCGACAAAGCGCCAGUAGACGCAAAGAAGGAUGGAGAGUCUAAAGAUGAGGAGCUCAGUGAAGAGGACCAGCAAUUGAAGAGCGAACUUGAGAUGCUUGUUGAGCGGUUAAAGGAACCCGAUACAUCGCUCUACGGGCCCGCACUGGACGCGAUUAAGACAUUCAUCAAAACAUCUACAUCCUCCAUGACUGCUGUUCCUAAGCCUCUCAAGUUCCUCCGACCUCAUUACGAUGACCUGAGCGGGCUAUAUGAGAGUUGGGUCGCAGGUCCCGUGAAGAACUCUUUGGCCGAUAUGAUGUCGGUGCUCGGUAUGACCUACGGAGACGAAGAGAAGUUGGAAACCAUCAAAUAUCGCCUUUUGGCCAAAUCCGAGGACCUUGGAUCUUGGGGUCACGAAUAUGUCCGCCACCUCGCACUGGAAAUCGGCCAGCUAUAUCAGAGCCGGUUGAACGCAGACCAGGAUACCCAAGAUCUAGUCGACCUCGCCUUGUCGCUGGUGCCUUACUUCCUGAGCCACAAUGCUGAAGCCGAUGCGGUCGAUCUCAUGAGCGAACUGGAGAUUAUCGAGGAUAUUCCUCAGUUUGUUGACGAGAACACAUAUGCCCGAGUCUGCUUGUAUAUGGUCAGCAUGGUCAACCUCCUCACUUAUCCAGAAGAUCAGCAAUUCCUCCGAACCGCCCACGAGAUCUACGUCCGCUACAACAAGCUCUCGCAAGCGAUCGUGCUCGCUAUCCGUCUCAACGAUACCGAGCUCAUCAAGAGUGACAUUCACGCCACAACAGACAUGUCUCUGAAGAAACAAAUGGCCUUCCUUGUCGCCCGUCAGCAAAUCUGGCUUGACCUCCCGGCCGAAGAUGAGGAGGGAGAGGCUUUGGCUGAUUGCCUCAACAACACCUCGAUUCCGAAGCACUUCAAAUCCCUGGGCAAGGAACUCAACAUUCUCGAGCCCAAGAUGCCAGAGGAUAUUUACAAGACACACCUUGAGAGCAGCCGCGGCGCCGGUCUCACCAACCUUGACUCGGCACGACACAACUUGGCCAGCGCCUUCGUCAACUCGUUUGCUAACGCUGGCUUUGGUAACGAUAAGAUGAUGCUGGUCGAGGGCGAUAAGGGCCCAUGGGUCUGGAAGACUAAGGAGGAUGGUAUGCUUUCGACAACGGCGUCGCUCGGUAUGCUGUUGCACCGUGAUGUUGAGGAUGGCCUUGAUAAGAUCGACAAGUUCACCUAUGCGCAGGAAGACCAAGUGAAGGCGGGUGCAUUGCUUGCCAUUGGUAUUCUGAACUCCGGUGUCCGACUUGACUCUGAUCCCGCUCUUGCCCUCCUCAGUGACCCCGAAAACCUCGAGGCCAAGAAUGUGCCGAUGAGAGUUGCGUCUAUUAUGGGUCUUGGUCUGGCAUAUGCCGGUUCCAACAAAGAAGAACUUCUUGAGGUCCUUCUUCCCAUUGUGGAAGAUGCUUCACUAGACAUGCAGCUUUCAGCUAUGGCAGCAGUCUCGCUGGGUCUCAUCUUUGUUGGUUCAUCGAACCACCAAGUCAGCGAGGCCAUUGCCACCACAUUGAUGGACGAGGAGCGCCAGAAGCAGCUCAAGGACAAGUGGACAAGGUUCAUGGCUCUUGGUCUGGCUCUCCUUUACUUCGGCCGCCAAGAAGAGGUUGAUGUCAUUCUUGAUAUUCUUAAGGCUGUUGACCACCCAAUGGCUAAGCCCACUUCCGUCCUUGCCUCAGUAUGCGCCUGGGCAGGUACUGGUACAGUGCUUAAGUUGCAAGAGCUCCUUCAUAUCUGCAAUGACAUCAUUGAAGAGAAAGAAGAGAACAAGGGCGAUGAACUUGUUCAGUCAUAUGCUGUUCUUGGUCUCUCCCUCAUUGCUAUGGGCGAGGAUGUUGGUCAGGACAUGAUUCUCCGCCAGUUCGGCCAUCUUAUGCACUACGGCUCCAGCAACAUUCGCCGGGCAGUUCCCCUAGCUAUGGGAUUGAUCAGCCCUAGUAACCCCCAGAUGAAGGUUUACGACACACUAUCCCGGUACAGUCACGACAAUGACAACGAAGUUGCUAUUAAUGCCAUCUUCGCCAUGGGUCUCUGUGGUGCUGGUACCAACAAUGCCCGUCUUGCACAGCUUCUCCGACAAUUAGCCAGUUACUACCACCGCGACCAGAACUCACUGUUCAUGGUUCGCAUCGCCCAAGGUCUCCUUCACAUGGGCAAGGGUACUAUGACUCUCAACCCCUUCCACACCGACCGACAAGUCCUCUCUCGUGUCUCAGCAGCAGGAUUGCUCACUGUGCUUGUAUCUCUUAUUGAUGCCAAGCAAUUCAUCCUCGCUGAACACCACUACCUCCUCUACUUCCUCAUCACCGCCAUGUUCCCCCGCUUCCUUAUAACCCUCGAUGAGGACCUUGAGCCCCUCACUGUCAACGUCCGCGUUGGACAGGCCGUGGACGUGGUCGGCCAGGCUGGUCGUCCAAAGACUAUCACCGGCUGGCAGACCCAGAGCACGCCAGUGCUUUUGGCUCACGGUGAGAGAGCUGAGCUUGAGGAUGAGCAGUACAUCCCCCUGAGUAGUACUCUUGAGGGUCUGGUUAUCUUGCGUAAGAACCCGGACUAUGAAAGCCCUGAAUAA